AUGUCCAGGUUGCUUGUUUUUGUAAAGCAGAGAACUCUGUGUCCAUUGCCUGCCUCCAAUGUUGAUAUAUGGAUGCUUCCUGAUAUGUUGUUGGGUCAAGAGGAGUUUCAUGCUGAGGAAUCUUUUAUUGCUGGAAGCGAAACGACUUCGACAACAUUGGAAUGGGCGAUGGCAGAAUUGCUUCGCAGGCCAGAACUGAUGAAGAAAGCUCGAGAAGAGAUCAAAUCGGUCAUCGGACUCGAGAGAGAAAUAGAAGAGUCGGAUAUCUCAAAGCUACCGUUUUUCCAAGCAGUUCUGAAGGAGACCCUCCGUCUUCAUCCACCAGCUCCGCUUCUGCUACCUCACAAGGUAGAUGUGAGGACGGAGAUAAAUGGCUACCUGGUGCCGAAGAACAGUCAGGUGCUGGUGAACGUAUGGGCCAUAAGUCGGGACGAAAGAGUUUGGGAGAACCCGAAUUGCUUUGUGCCUGAGAGGUUUAUGGGAGAAACAGAGAUUGAUUUUCGUGGGCAACACUUUGAGUUCAUACCAUUUGGUUCUGGCCGAAGAAUCUGUCCUGGAUUAUCAUUUGGUGUUCGGAUGGUUCAGCUCAUGCUCGCCUCGCUCAUUCAAUCCUUUGAAUGGAGUUUGGCUGAUGGAAUUCUGCCUGAGAAUUUGGAUCUCAAGGAGAAAUUUGGCAUCACGCUUAGCUUGGCUUCUCCACUCAAAGCCUCGGCUACUCCUGCAAGAUAAAUUUGAAUACUAGAUCGAUGUUACAGUUCAAUUAAUCUUGGCUUUCCAUUUCAGAGCUUCUAAAAUCUAGUUUCUCUCAUCGAUUGUAUCAGUACUAUACUUGUAUCCUUGGCUAAGGGGCUGUUUUGUUGGAAUAUAAAGGGGUGUAGAGUAUUUCAAAUGCAUAGGUUUUGAAAUUAUGUUUGGUUGGAAUAUAAAGUGGAGCAAAAUAAAGAAAAUUAAAUAUAGUGUAAAACAUUUUAGUU